GUCACCAAAACCCAGGUUGCAAUAAAAAUAAUUGACAAAACACGAUUAGAUUCAAGCAAUUUGGAGAAGAUAUAUCGUGAGGUUCAGAUCAUGAAGCUUCUGAAUCACCCUCACAUCAUAAAGCUUUAUCAGGUUAUGGAAACGAAGGACAUGCUUUACAUUGUCACUGAAUUCGCAAAAAACGGAGAAAUGUUUGAUUACUUGACGUCCAACGGGCACCUGAGCGAGAGUGAGGCCCGGAAGAAGUUCUGGCAGGUGCUGUCGGCCGUGGAGCACUGCCACAGCCUCCACAUCGUGCACCGGGACCUCAAGACCGAGAACCUGCUGCUGGAUGGCAACAUGGACGUCAAGCUGGCAGAUUUCGGAUUUGGGAAUUUCUACAAGUCAGGAGAGCCUCUGUCCACGUGGUGUGGGAGCCCCCCGUACGCAGCCCCGGAGGUCUUCGAGGGCAAGGAGUAUGAAGGCCCCCAGCUCGAUGUCUGGAGCCUGGGUGUCGUCCUGUAUGUCCUAGUCUGCGGGUCUCUCCCCUUUGACGGGCCCAACCUGCCGGCGUUGCGGCAGCGGGUCCUGGAGGGCCGGUUCCGCAUCCCCUUCUUCAUGUCCCGAGACUGUGAGACACUGAUCCGCCGCAUGCUGGUGGUGGACCCCGCCAAGCGCAUCACCAUCGCGCAGAUCCGGCAGCACAGGUGGAUGCAGGCCGAGCCUUCGCUGCUGCAGCAGACCUGCCUCGCCUUCUCCUUGCUCAGCUACAGCUCCAGCCUGGGCGACUACGACGAGCAGGCGCUGGGCAUCAUGCAGACCCUUGGCGUCGACCGGCAGAGGACCGUGGAGUCACUGCAGAACAGCAGCUACAACCACUUUGCUGCCAUUUAUUACCUCCUGCUCGAGCGGCUGAAGGAGUACCGGCUUGCCCCGCCCGCCCGCUCCGGCCCUGCCCGGCAGCACAGGCCCCGGAGCACGGACCUCAGCAGUUUUGAGCUGCCUCAAGAUGGCUUCCCCGGGGAUGCGUUCCGCUCCUCCCUGCUGUGCCCCCAGCCCCAGGCCUUGGGACAGUCCGUCCUGCAGGCCGAAAUGGACUGUGACCUCCACAGCUCACUGCAGCCCUUGCUCUUCCCCAUGGAUGCCAACUGCAACGGGGUGUUCCGGCAUCGCUCAGUCUCCCCGAGCAGCCUGCUGGACACAACCAUCAGUGAGGAGGUCAGGCAGGGCCAGGGCCUGGAGGAGGAGCAGGAGGCACAGAAACCCCCUCCCAGCAGCACAGGCCGGAGGCACACGCUGGCCGAGGUCUCCGCCUGCUUCUCCCCUUGUGCCCCUCCAUGCAUAGUUGUCUCUCCCUCCGCGGCCAGUCCCUCGGAAGGCACCAGCUCCGACAGCUGUCUCAGCUCAGCAGGUGACAGCCCGGUGGGGCUCAGUGGACACCUGGCUGCUCAGGGGCUGGUGGGCACCUGCUCGCCGCUCAGACUGGCCUCACCGCUCCUGGGGGCCCAGUCCGCCACCCCCGUGCUGCAGGCCCAGGGGGUGCUGGGAGGAGCCGCCCUGCUUCCCGUCAGCUUCCAGGAGGGCCGGAGAGCGUCGGACACCUCGCUCACUCAAGGUGACUUCCCCUUUCACACCCGCUUCCACCUUCCCUGGGAGGUGCUGUGAGUGCCCCGAGCAGCAUUGCUUUAUCCUUGGUGGCAGGCGGCGUCAUCCUCCUCUGGCUGGGCCUGGGGGAAGUGGCAGUGCCGGAGGUGCUGCUCGAGUUCCAGGCGUCCUGGCUUCUGGGACGAGCUCGUGGCCUCCUGCAGCUGGCCCUGAACGCCCAGGAGCUGCGGGGCUGUGGGGCAGCGGCUCCCGCCCCGGAGGAGGGGCAGGCCGGGGAGGCGCACGCAGAGGCAGCCCGCAGCUGGCUGCCUGGGUGCUCUUGGUGCUUCCUGGGCUUGUGCGGCCCCCGGGCCCUCCUGAGUCCCUCCUUCUGUGACGGAGCCACAGUCUGCCCAGACGUUUGCUUCCUCAGGGGUGGAGCUGCUGCUCCAAACCAGCCCGGGCACAGGGCUGCUGCGAGGGGGCGGACGACCAGAGGGCGCCUCUGCCCCGUAGUGAAGCUUGCUGCCCUCGCCCCACCACGUUCACACCGCUUGGCCCCCCA